UGUGGUUAAGGCUGUUUUGUGCAUUGGGUUUUUUCUUCUCAUGGCUAUUUGCAGUGGUGAUGGAGGAGGCAAUGUUGAUGUCCACGCAGCAAGACGUCUCCUUCAUCAAGGCCACACUUAUCUUGAUGUCAGGACUGAAGAAGAAUUCGAGAAUGGACACGUGAGGAACGCCAUCAACAUUCCUUACAAGAUAAUUACUUCCGAAGGUAUGGUGAAUAACCCCAAAUUUCUGGAUCAAGUUCGGGCGCAUUUUGAUAAGGAAGAUCAUCUCGUAGUGGGUUGCAAAAGUGGAGUCAGAUCCUUGUAUGCAACAAUUGAUCUUCUUAAGGCAGAGUUUAAACAUGUGUAUAAUAUGGAAGGAGGAUAUGUAGCUUGGAUUGAAAAUGGAUAUGCGGUCUAGAUUCAUAAUUUUCUUUAAGACUAAGCUUCAAUGACCAAAGCUUAACGGUUGUACGUUGUAACUAACGAUAAAGAAAAAUUAGAAUCAGAUAGCAAAGUUUGGUUAUAAUAUUCUUACAGUAAUUAUGAAUUACAGUAUA